AUGGGAUCGAAGGAUCCCCCGUUGAGCGAGAAUCUUCUGAACCUCACGGACGUAAGUGAAACCUCUGUGCUGGACGUCAUCGAGGAGCGUUUCAAUAACAAACGAAUUUAUACGAAUGUAGGGGGCGUACUGCUGGCAGUGAAUCCGCUCGAGAAGUACAGAAUAUACGAUGAGUCAGUCAUGAUGCAAUACCAGCACUUCAACAAAUUCGCUGGAGAGUCGAACUCUGGGAAAUCAUUCAAUGCUUUUCAAGUGAUGAAAUAUCUAGCUACUUCUAACAACAGUAAAAUCACCCCGAAACAUAUAGAAGCCAUCAACACGAUCUUCAACAGUUUCGGAUGUGCAAAAACCGUAAAAAAUGAUCAUGCCACUCGUUUCGGUUACUGCAUGGAUUUCCUAUACCAUAAGAACACCCUAUCAGGACUGAGCCUACGUACGACGCUACCACUAGAAGCAAUCCGUGUGGUGUCACAGAAGGCCGGCGAACGUAAUUUCAACGUUUUCUACGAACUGUGCGCUGGGAUGUCAUCUGAAACGAAAGCCAGCUACGGUAUCCGUGACCAGCAAAAGUUCUUCUAUCUGACACAGGGCAAGGUCGGCGAGGAUGGAGGACGAGACGACACGGCGAACUUUGCCCGGCUCCACGCAUCACUGGAAAUUGUCGGAUUCUCCGAGGAACAAAGACAGAUCAUCUAUAAAACGUUGGCAACAAUACUUCACCUUGGAAAUAUGUACUUCAGGCAGCGCCGGAAUACCACAGACGAAUCGGAAUAUGUGGAAGUAGGGAACGAUGCUGAGUUGAAGUGGGCUUCGUACUUGCUCGAUGUUGACAUGCACAGCUUCGCCCCAUGCUUCACGCAUAAGAUCACUAAAACGGAUGAGGGUGCGAGCAAACUGGCCUACAGUAUGGGACAAGCACUAGAUGCACGUGAUGCGCUAGCCAUGUCACUCUACGAGCUAGUAUUCAGCUGGAUUCUGAAUCGGAUUUCACUGCAUCUGAAAUGUCCUGAUCAUAACGCUGUCAUUACGGUGGUUGACUGUUACGGUGUUGAACGAUAUAACAACAAUGGAUUGGAACAACUACUUAUCAAUAGCGUGAAUGAAAAGCUUCAAAAUGCUUUUGUAAAACAGACUUUCUUCGACGAAAUCGCCGAUUAUGUCAGUGAAGGACUCAUAUUCGAUUGGAAGAUGCCAUCAACACUCGACAAUGACAAAGCCGUUGAUCUGCUCUGUAAGAAACCAUACGGCUUACUCUAUCUUAUCGAUGAUGAGUGUAAAUUCCCCAAGGCCUCCGACGAGUCAUAUCUUCGGCACUGUAACUUGAACCAUCUUGACAAAAACGUGUAUGGAAAGGCAAAGAACAAAGACCGUCUACAGAUGUCUGUACGACACUUUUUUGGCACCACAUGGUACAGUGUUUACGGAUUUGUUCAGCGGAACAAGCGCUGUUUACCCGGCCAAGUGGUCAAAAUUUUGGCUGAAAGUCAAAAUCCGGCAAAGAACAAAGACCGUCUACAGAUGUCUGUACGACACUUUUUUGGCACCACAUGGUACAGUGUUUACGGAUUUGUUCAGCGGAACAAGCGCUGUUUACCCGGCCAAGUGGUCAAAAUUUUGGCUGAAAGUCAAAAUCCGGUGAUCUCUAUGCUAUUCCGUCCCAUAUCUAAUGGGAAGGAAUGUGCUGAUUAUGUCGUCUAUGCGGCACAACAAUUUAAUACAGCAUCAACAGUGAUGAUAGAGAAAAUUCUGAGUGGGAAUUCACACUUCGUCCGAUGUGUCAAGUGCAACAACGAACGCCUUCCUGCUCGUCUCGAUGUGCCGUCGCUGUCACGUCAGCUGAAAGCGCUCUGUGUUAUGGAGACGUUACAGUUCCGUCGUGCAGGAUAUCCCGUACGAAUUCCAUAUGAGCGAUUUGCGCAGAGCUACCGCUGUCUGCUCCCGUCGGAUAUUGCUCUCUGCCAGAAACAGAAAGAAAUCAUCAUUGAUAUUUUGGAUGGACAGGGUAUCAAAUUCUCCAAUGAUUUUCAAAUUGGAACCAGCUACGUGUUUUUACGUGACCGUCUGGCUGACCGACUGCAGACUCUCAGAGAGAAAACCCAGCGCGAUGCAGCUCAUGUGAUACAAAAGACGAUGCGCACCUAUGUUGCACGGAAGGGAUAUCUACGAAAGCGUCAUGCCAUCAUACGGCUCCAAGCAGGGCUUCGCGGCUGGAAGGCGAGGAAGGAGUGCAGCGCUCUUCGCGAGCAGAUGUUCAAGAACCUCAGCAACCAGACAAAGAGAAAUCGUCGAUUGAAUGCUUACCAUGAGACCUUAAUGACAAGCACUUCUGACCAGAAAUGUCCAGGAGCAUUGUUGGGAUGUUUUGAUGUUGAAAAUCUUGCCAGUAAAGAGAUUGAGAGAUCGAUUGGCGAACCAAAGCCGAAGGCAGCAAAUAUGAAAAUCACUACGGAUUAUUUGCCAAAGGGAUAUCUACGAAAGCAUAUUUGUAGGAAGGAGUGCAGCGCUCUUCGCGAGCAGAUGUUCAAGAACCUCAGCAACCAGACAAAGAGAAAUCGUCGAUUGAAUGCUUACCAUGAGACCUUAAUGACAAGCACUUCUGACCAGAAAUGUCCAGGAGCAUUGUUGGGAUGUUUUGAUGUUGAAAAUCUUGCCAGUAAAGAGAUUGAGAGAUCGAUUGGCGAACCAAAGCCGAAGGCAGCAAAUAUGAAAAUCACUACGGAUUAUUUGCCAAUGAAACUGAAAAGCCGCGUCAGCACCAUCGAACCGGUGACUAUCGAGAAAUUCGCUGAAGAAAACUUCAAGGGACAUCUUCUCGAGCCAAGGCGCGAACCAAUCCUCACACCUUUUCUUCACAAAGAGAAUGAUCUCGAUUUCCGUCUAUCCAUCGAAGUAUUCAAGCUCAUACUGAAAUACAUGAAUGACCAAGCACUGAGCCGAGCCCAGCUUGAUGACCUUGCUCGUUACAUCCUCUUAUCUCAUCAACUGCCUGCAUCACCAGUUCUUUCCAAAGUUCAACAUCGCUGCGAGGGUAUCAACAAUCCAUGUCAACGUGAUGAAAUUUUCGUUCAAAUAUGUAAUCAAAUCUACCGUAAUCCUGACAAAGAAGCGACAUCACGAUGCUGUCGUCUCUUGCUACAAGCAGUCGGAGUGUUCGCGCCUACUGAAAAUGUUCUGCCAAUGUUGAUCAGUUUCUGUGGUGAACAACGUCUACCACUACAAACGCAACUGAUAAACACGAUCGCAUGGAGAAUGAACAUGAUGGAAAGCCAGACCGCUCGGCUAUUACCAGCGUCUCGCCUCGAAAUGGGAGCACUUUGCGGUUUCCAUAACGCAGCCGUUGAGGUAGCAAGCCAGGACGGUGAAAUUUACACAGUAGAAGCUCAUCCAUGGAUAACAAAUGAGGAACUUGUCAACCGAGUCUUGAGACAUAGAGGAAUCGGCAAUCCAAGUGGGUGGAGUGUGGAGGUUGAGACGGAAAAGGUGGUUUACUGCCCGACCAGCUCUCAUUUCCUUCAUGACGUCAUUUCUGAAAUAGAGCACGGCAAGGAGGAAAACAAGAGGUCGUUCUUCUACAACUACCCUACCGAUAGGACGCUGCCACCUGUAAACAAGAAGAAGGUUGACAUACAGGUUACCCCGACACAGGUCAAAGUGUUGAGUCCCGUGGUGAAGCGUCAGAGAAGACAGGCGAAUGACAGUUUCGAGAUGCGUCGGCGCGAUCGCUCCGUUGACGCAAUUCGUCCUGCUUCGCGUAACGAAUCUCGUCGUGAUAGGUCGCUGGAUUCCUUGAGAAACAUUAAUCAGUCGCCACAAAUGUACAGAAAGGCAUAUCGUGAGGUGGAUGAAGAGCCGGAUUACUGCUACGCGUUACCGGUCAAGCACAAGCAACCGAAUGACUCCCCGUCACGGUCUCGCUAUGCUUCGUAUGGGAGUCCACGCCGAGAACGGUCCAUGGAUGUUCCACCUGAGUUGCCCAAGCAGCCAAUUCCAAACAACUCAAUGUCGAAGUUUGAGCAGUCACCAUACAGGCCUUCAUCGCGGCAGCAACACCGGUAUGCUCCUCACCAAGAGCACAUGGAGCGACAUGAUCCGGCCCCAUCAAAUCAAUACUAUGCUCAGACUAACGUGCCAAUGGUCCAAUACGUACCAGUGAUGAUGACACCGCAACCAAUGAUGUUCUCUGCACAGAUGAACCAAACAAUGGUGCAGUCACCCAUGCUACUUCCUGGCCCCUCCGUACCCCACAUGGCUCCGCAUCGAGAAGAAGCUUCCCACAGGAUAGAAGACGACCAUGUGAUCACGCCGAUAUCACACCGUCGUGAACAGAGCACUCAGAGUCACAGCAACACCGGCAGCGAAGAUCGCAGUCGGGAUUACGAUACUGGUAAAUCAGUGAACCGUCCCGAGUUUGACUCCUACCGCUCAUACUCAAGCGUCGCUACAAGAGGUGGUGAAUGCGACUCACGAGCGAAUGCCAGUCGUAGCGAUUAUGUGCCGAGCGUCUACUCGACGAUGUCGGUUGCGUCCCGGAUACGUAACAUGCCGGUACCAAACAGUAGUCGAGAUGUCGAUCGAUUCUUAGACGAGGUUUUUGAUCAGGUACUAUCACCUCACGAAAUGGCAGCUGAGAUGUCUGCACAUGAAAUUGCCGCAUGCAUCAAAGGCGGGGCAUAUGGGCCUUCUGAUUACGAACCAACUUACCAAAGAGCUGGCCCAACAUACCAGCAAAAUCACUCUGGUCUAUAUCAGAACAGUGGCACGGAUUCAGAUCAGUACAACUAUGUCGACAGAGAUACCCUGGCGACGAGGUCGCUACCACGUCAUAAUGUAAGAUCUCGCAGUCUUCCUCGUUAUAUUCCACCCCGCGAAGGCACUAUACCAAACUACCGUCAUCACCAGGAAAAUUCAGUCGAUUCCUAUCCAUCAGACGUUGGCACGAUGAGGGAGUUCGUUCCAUCAGCUCAUUGUACACCGAACUCUCAACGCUCAGCGAGAACCCACGAGACCUUGAGGUCUAAUGGAAACAUCUAUGAACCACAGCAGCAAAUGGUUUUUAUGAUGCCUAUGCAAAUGAGUGGUAAGGCAAUAACCGUACUCUCCGACUUUGUGUUUUCCUUUUUCCAGAAUUCUCAUGUUGCAGCGUCAAACGGUCAAAUGAUGCCUGUACUGAUGGCUCCCGGUAUGAUGGCGCCACCUGUUACUCAAAAUAUGAUGUACUGCCCGUUGCCAGCUCAACAAAAAUACAUGACUUCACCAAGGGAUCGACGUCAUCGAUCCCUCGAUGCUUGUUCGACGACUACGGACGAUGGCGUUGGCAACUAUCCACACCAG